AUGGGUAGUGGAUAGAAUCGAUAAUCAAAUGUGCCAAUUGUCUUUCUUGAGAAUCAUAAAAAUGUUGGCAGUUAUAGAUUUGUAUAGAAUCAAAGACUAAACAUUCCAAAAGCAUAUUUAAAAAUAGAACCAAAUUAUUCUAAGAUAGAAAGAUUAGAAACAAUAAAUAGUGCUGUAGUUCAUGGAGUAGUUGGACUAAAGAAUCUUGGAAAUACAUGUUACUUUAAUACUGCAAUUAAUUGUAUUAGUCAUACUUAACCUCUGGUGGACUAUUUUCUGUCUAAAGCCUAUAAAAUAAAUUCUUCUUGUCCAACAUCUGGAAAUAUUACAAAAGCUUUUGUAUCUCUGAUGGAACAAAUAUGGGAUGAUGAAAACUGUUUUGCAGAAUCUAAAGAUUUUCGUUUACUUGCUUAUAGUUAAAAACCAAAACCUUAUAAUAAAUGUAUAAAUCCAAUAAAGCUUUUAAAUCUCUUGCAAAAGUAUAGUAAGCGAUUUGCACUAGGAGGUAAUCGAAUUCUCAUUAUAUGUCAGAUUAGGAAGAUUGUUAAGAAUUACUGUCUUAUCUUCUUGAUUUGUUACAUCAAGAAUUAAAUAGAUCCUAGCCAAAUUCUAAAAGUGUAAAUAAAGAUUACACAGGUUAAUAUAUUGAUCCUUAAUGGGCUGCAGAUAGUUGGGGUGAACAUUUAAAAAUCAACAGAAGCAUUAUUGUAGAUUUAUUCUAAGGAUAAUUGAAAUCUACUUGUGAAUGCUAAGCAUGUGGUUUCUAAAGUCAUAAAUUUGAACCUUUUCUUUUCCUCAAUCUUCCUAUUCCUAAACAAAAAGUUUCUAUUUAUAAAUGUUUGGAUCUAUUUCAAGAACCAGAACUUUUAUCAGGUUCUUGCCAAUGGAAAUGUCCUAAUUGUAAAAUAAAUAGAGAUUUCAAAAAAUAAAUGCAAUUAUGGAAAUUACCUAAUUAACUUAUAAUUCAUUUCAAAAGAUUUGAAUUUAAUCAUAGAAAAUAAAUUAAACUUAAUACUAUAAUAGAAUUUCCAUUAGAAUUAGAUAUGGGAGAAUAUUGUGUUAAUUAAGCUAUUUCAUAAUAUUAGUUAUAUGCAGUAGCCUAACAUGAUGGUUCUUCUUAUGGUGGACAUUAUGUUGCUCUUUGUAAAGCAUAAAAUAAUAAUUGGUAUAUGUACAAUGAUGAAUAAGUGUUUCGAAUUUAAGAUAUUAAAAAAAUGAUUUAAAAUGAAUACGCUUACAUGUUAUUUUACUAAAGAUAUGAUAACAUUUAUAGAUAAACAUUAAACAAACCAGAAGCAUGGCCUCAUUUUAGAUUACCAAAAAUUGUUUAAACAACUCAUUUAAUGGUUUAAACGGAUCGGAAAUCACAAGACUCAAGUCCGUUUUAAUUCGAAUCUACACCUUUAGAUAAUCAAACAGGAGUAGCAAGUUAAUAAAGAUCAUAAUAAGAUAUUAAAUUCAACUCUAUUGCAUGA